AGGGAAGUUCAGUGAUUGGUUCAAACUUUCUACAGAGUCUAACCAAUCGGCGAAUGGCAUGCAUUCUUAAAUACUGAAAACAGCAGAACACUGAAAUAUAUUAUUGGUUUCUAUCUACGAGAAAGCAGUAAAUCCUUCAACCGAAAAUGAGCGGCAGAGGCAAAACCGGUGGCAAAACCAGAGCAAAGGCUAAGACUCGUUCAUCAAGAGCCGGGCUUCAGUUUCCCGUCGGCCGUGUUCACAGACUUCUUCGCAAGGGUAACUAUGCAGAGCGCGUCGGUGCCGGAGCUCCAGUUUAUCUCGCCGCUGUGCUCGAGUAUCUUACUGCUGAGAUCCUGGAGUUGGCUGGAAACGCCGCUCGUGACAACAAGAAGACUCGCAUCAUUCCCCGCCAUUUACAGCUGGCAGUGCGUAACGAUGAGGAGUUGAACAAACUCUUGGGUCGCGUGACCAUCGCUCAGGGCGGUGUGUUGCCCAACAUUCAGGCUGUGUUGCUGCCAAAGAAGACCGAGAAGCCCGCUAAAGCAAAAAAGCAGCAAAUCCUUCAGACGAAGAUGAGCGGCAGAGGCAAAACCGGUGGCAAAACCAGAGCGAAGGCUAAGACUCGUUCAUCCAGAGCCGGGCUUCAGUUUCCCGUCGGCCGUGUUCACAGACUUCUUCGCAAGGGUAACUAUGCAGAGCGCGUCGGUGCUGGAGCUCCAGUUUAUCUCGCCGCUGUGCUCGAGUAUCUUACUGCUGAGAUCCUGGAGUUGGCUGGAAACGCCGCUCGUGACAACAAGAAGACUCGCAUCAUUCCCCGCCAUUUACAGCUGGCAGUGCGUAACGACGAGGAGUUAAACAAACUCUUGGGUCGCGUGACAAUCGCUCAGGGCGGUGUGUUGCCCAACAUCCAGGCUGUGUUACUGCCAAAGAAGACCGAGAAGCCCGCUAAAGCAAAGUAAACUAUCCAGUUCUCCAAUACUAAACAAAAGGCUCUUUUAAGAGCCACCCACUUGAACUUUUAAAGA